AUGCAGCGUUCUAUGGGAUGGCUAGUAAGACGUGUCCACCAGUCUACUGGAUCGGCAAGGCUUCGCGUUCAGGAAAAAAUCUCGCAAAUUGACAAGAUUUCACCCAUAUCACCGGCUCUCGUUGAUACUUUCCGGCGGCGACACGACUACCUACGAAUCUCAUUAACAGAACGAUGCAAUCUGCGAUGCUUCUACUGCAUGCCCAGCGAGGGCGUAGAACUCUCUCCCAACGAGAACAUUCUCUCCAACGAAGAAGUCCUACGACUGGCACGGCUCUUCGUCAAGAGUGGAGUCACUAAAAUCAGACUCACCGGUGGCGAGCCAACUGUCCGGAAGGGAAUACUUGAAAUCAUCGCCGGGUUGAACGAUCUCCGCCAAUAUGGGCUGAAAUCCAUUGGGAUGACAAGCAAUGGUGUUGCUCUUCACAGAAGGAUCCCGGAAUUCGUUCACAACGGACUGACCCAUCUCAAUUUGAGUCUCGAUACUUUGGAUGAAUUCCGCUUUGAGAUCAUGACAAGGCGAAGGGGCUUUCCCGCUGUCCUAAAAGCACUUGAGACUGCGCUGGAAUACCUUCCUUAUGUCAAGCUUAACGUUGUCGUUGUGAAAGGGUUGAACGACAUAGAGGUGCUCGAUUUUGUCGAGAUGACAAAAGACAGACCUAUCUAUGUGCGCUUCAUUGAAUUUAUGCCCUUUACAGGCAACAAAUGGGACGCAGCGAAGAUGGUUCCCUCUUCUGAGUUACUUGAACGAAUCUCAAAACGUCACCCGCUCAUAGAGCGGGCUUCUGAUGAGCUAAACGAUACCGCCCGAACAUGGAAAAUCCCAGGCUAUGUCGGCAACAUUGGUUUCAUCAGCAGCAUGUCGGACCAUUUUUGUGCCACAUGCAAUCGACUUCGAAUCACAGCAGACGGCCAAAUAAAGGUCUGUUUGUUCGACGCGAAAGAAGUCUCUCUUCGGGACCGUAUGCGCCUUGGUGCAUCGGACAUGGAACUUCUCGAUGUUAUUCAGAGUGCUGUCCUUGGAAAGCAAGAAAAACAUGCUGGCAUGAAAGAGAUCGACGUGGUCAACAAUCGCCCUAUGAUUCUCAUUGGUGGAUCCCAACCACGUCGAGCUCGGCAUCCAAUAUUUCGCCCUCAAGUCCCUGUCCAACUACACCAGAAACGAUUCAACUCGACUAAUGCGCCACGCCUAUCGCAUCUCGACAGCUCCGGCCGCGCAGCUAUGGUUGAUGUGAGCCCCAAAGUGCCAACCCAACGUUCAGCGACGGCGUCUGGUCGCAUCUCCAUCCCGAAGAUUGCUUACCAACUUGUCACUUCGACCUACCCCGAUUCGGAAUCGACCGAAGCCUUCUCCAAAGCCCGCCGGAAAGGCGAUGCCCUCACUGUUGCGCACAUAGCUGCUAUCACUGGCGCCAAACAGACGUCGAAUCUCAUACCGCUCUGCCAUCCCCUGCAGCUCAACAACGUUUCAGUUGCCCUGACACCUGAAGCGAGCGCACUGGAGAAUGGCGAGACCGAAUACAGCAUUGUGUGCCGUGCAACGGUGACUUGUGAAGGCAAAACCGGGGUGGAAAUGGAGGCGCUGACGGCCGUCUCGAUUGGGCUGUUGACGGUUUGGGACAUGCUCAAGGCUGUCGCUGGACGUGAUAUGGUCAUCAAAGAUAUUGUGGUGACUGCGAAAUCGGGAGGCAAACAUGAUUUCACGAGGUCCGAUUAG